AGGAGAGAGGACACUCUCGUUUCGGGAUCCGUCCAAGUUGAACGCGUUUUCUGCGGAGAGAGGAUCGUCUCCCGCUCGUUAACGUAUGUAGUUUCUCUCUCCGUCUUUCUCUCCCCUCCAUUUCUCUCCUCUCUCUCUCUCUCUCUGCGUGCAGUUUCUCGUCGCGUAUAGUGUAGGUACGUCGCUUUCGCCGAACGAGUUCGUACCGUACCGUGCUUGCUGCGUGUUUCUCUCGCUUAUAUCUUCUUCGUUUCAUCCUUAGAUAAGAAAGUGUAGCCGAUCGAUCGUUGAGGAAGAGCUAGAAGAGGCGGAGGAGGAGGAGGAGAAAGAAGAAGAGAGGAAGUACGCACCCUGCCGGUCGAUUCGUUAGAAAAAUCGGGAGAUCGCGAGGAAGGCGCGAAGAGAGACGCUUCGAUUUUACCGGUGGUGCGCCAGUGACAUUUGGUACGGUGUUAUCGACGAAACAGACGUGGCAACGUUGCAUCGACUAACACUCUCGCACAUCAACGGGCACGCACACAUAUACGGAAAGCAGAAGGGGACUCGGAGCUGCCGAGCUGGCUGGCUGGCUGGCUGGCUAGCUAGCAGGCAGGCAGGCAGGCAGGCGAGCGAACGAACGAACGAGCGAGCGAGCGAUAGAGCGGGCAAGCGGCUUUCUUGUUCCGAGGACGGUGCUUCUGCUCACGCCGUCUUUCUUUUCUCUCUACCUCCAUUGCUCUUGCUUUUCUCUUCUUUCCUCUCCCCAUCGUGAUCGUUCAACCGUGCGCGCGCGCUCUAUCUCUCCUUUUCUCUCUACCGUUCUCCCUCUCUCCUUUCUUUCUUUCUAUCCCCACCACGUCUUGCUGUCUUCCUCUUCCCCCUACUUCUCUCUCUUUCUCUCUCCUUCUUUCUUACGCGGCAUCCUUUACGCAUCACUACCGUUCAGAACUUCUCCCUCCCUUUCCUUUACCUCAGGUUUCUCUCUCUCUCUCUCUCUCUUUUCCCCUACCCACACCAAAAGCGACUCGGGCGAGUCCAUUAGGCUUUCGAGGGGAGUUCGGCAGACUUCGGCUCUAGUCGGCCUCGAUCCACAGAAUGUGCUAGACGGUCCAAGUUGGACGCUCCAGUUUUCCGCACCCAUACUCGCCGUUCUGUGAUCACGGAUAUUGUCAAACGAUCUUUGAUCCAUCGUUCAAUGAUCCAUCGAUCGGUCAAUCUCCGAUAGACUCUCAAUUUUGCUGAUCCGUCUGAGACGCGUUCGGCCAGCGUAUAUCCAUGCGACGGCCAUGUUUGGUGUUUACGAGGCGAGGGAAAAUUGCUGACGUCACGAGCCCCGAUCUCGCCCGAAGGGAGCAGCAGCAGCAGCAGCAGCAGCAGCGGCGGCGGCGGCGCGACAACCGCGGCAGCGGUGGCGACAGCGCCAGUAACAGUAGCAGAUUACAAAUGAAACAAGUAAUAACGACAACGACAACGGGAGAAAGAACAAGACGAGACACACAAGUAUCGGAAUAAAAACGUUUUUACCGAUCGAAUCCAGAAUAAACAACGCAAGUCUUCGGCCGGUAGCUGCGAGAGACACUGCAAGGAGAUUCGGUGCACGGAAUAACGAAAGUUGUUGCGUCAAUCAAGAAAAAGACAAACGGGACUGAAAAACAAAAUAAUUUGAUGUCGAACUAUACAGGUGGAUCAUCGAAGUGACACGAGGAACUCGCGCGAGUUGAGAAGGCACGAUCUACCGCGUUAAAUUCGUUUCUCGAUGAGACGUGCGCGUAGGCCAUCCUCGCUCGUCUCCGCCGGUCUUACCGAAACUAUCGGACAUUUCGAAAAACAUCGGUCGCAGUGGCAGCACGCCGUUGUAAUAGCGGCUCAACCGUGAACUGUCGUUCGGCCGCCAUCACCAUUGCCGCCGCCGCCGCCACCACCACCACCACCGCCACUACGACCACCACCACCACCACCACCACCACCACCACCACUACCGCUCUCUCGGUAGUCGUGGUACACACGAUCGGUGCGAAAAACAUCGUGCGAUGCUGAAUAGUGCUCUCGUAGUAGUCGUGGUUGUACAGCGAGCGAAACGCGUCGAUACGUACUGCUUCUUACGUACGACGAUCGACCGUCGCGAGGAAGAAUGUUUUUAACACGUAAAAUGUUGUCGGAACCAUUUUAAAAGCCGCUUUCGUUACUCUCGAUUCUUUCCGUGCGUUAACGCGCAUUUGUUCGAAUCGCUCCAAUCGCAGCUUUUUCGUCGACCACGUUCGAUCCCCCCAGGAUAUCCUUAUGACUGUGAAAGAAACAAAUUUGGUGCGUCUCGAUGUCGCCAUCAUCAACGACAUUUUCCUCUUCGCCGUCGUCAUCGUCGUCGAGUAUUACGUACGACGGUAGCGAGAGAUCCCUACGAACGAUGAUGAUGAUGAUGAUGACGAUGACGAUGACGGUGAUUUAUUCGUUACGCGUGUGAAACUUCUUUGCGCGUAUACGUGUUUUCUGCUCAUUUUCGUGCACACGUGAAUCGGUGUGGAUACGUCUGCUUUUCUGUGUGCGUGGUUCUAUGGUACACGCGUGUUUCGCUGCAUACGAUCCGUGCGUUGCAGCGACACCAUUUUUUUUAGCGCAUUAGUGUCACCGGUGCGUAUGAUCGGCGAUCGUGGACGGUGUACAAAACCGUCGUCAAAGUGCAUCGCCUCUCCUCCGAGGACGAAGACGACGACACAGUGACUACGAACAGUACAUAAGUGUCAUGGAUCUCGGUGACAGGGUUUACGCCGCCGAGCGGAUCACGAAGAAAAGGGAAAGGCGGGGAAAAGUGGAGUAUUUUGUUAAGUGGAAAGGAUGGAGUAAAAAAUAUAACACAUGGGAACCCGAGGAAAAUAUUUUAGACGUGAGGCUGAUCGAAUUGUACGAGGAGAGUUUAAAAAGCGGAGACGUAUCUACGAGAAGGCCAAGGCGAAGGGAUACGAGAUACAAUGAGCAAGUAUUGGCCAAUCUCGUGGUUGUCGAAGAACCUGGUGGAGACGAAAGAGUGGGAGAAGAUAGUCAGGACGAGUCAACGACGGGUAGUACGUCUGCACCGCAUUUGAAUCACGUCGCACCGGACGAGGACACGUUACCCAGUUCGUUGGACGGACAAGAAUCUCCUACGCCACCCGAGCUAUUGGCAUCGACGUUUAGCGUCGACUCGGACAGUUCGAACAGUAGCGUUGAUAUAGCCUUACUUCCAAGGAGAGAACCAGCUGGUACCAAGAGAAAAGCCGAGGUUCUCAGCAAGGAGUCUGGAAAAAUCGGCGUUACGAUUACUACCAGCAGUCCGAGCAGUGGCAGCAGCGGUAGUCCGCCACCGAACAAAAUACCACGUUUGUUGCCGUUAAAAGGCAAUUCACCGUCGUCUUAUCACGGACACAAGGUAAACGGUAGAAGGCCGUCGUCCUCGAGCGUGAAAUCCACGCCCGAAGAACCAUUACCAGCAGUGCCAACGACAUUGGCCCCGCCGAUACAAGACAAGAAACGACCGGAAGCCGACGUACCUCAUGGUCCACCACCCUCUUUACCUCGUACUCCGUCAACCGCUUCUCUGUCUCCUCAAGUGGACACACCUCUGGAUCAGCCGGUGAAAAAGAGGCAUCUACCCGAACAAAAACAAGAAAAGACUAGCAAUUCCACGACGGUAGAUACGAACGGUCACAAAUCACCGAGUCCCACGGAUUCCUACACGAAUAACAAUAGGUUAACCGCGAUAGUCAAUGGCCAUCAUAGCCACGAUAAUAACGUUAAUAAUAACAAUAACAACAACAACAACAACAACAACAACAAUAAUAACAACGCGACGAGCAUUAAACAAACUGAAAUAACGAGGCCCGAGAUGUACGUUCCUUUGUCGAGUCCCGGUACGGAGUAUUGGCAUGCGAGAAAUCCGGUUGCCGAUCAAGUCUUCAUAACGGACGUCACCGUGAAUCUUAAAACGGUUACCAUUAGAGAGUGUAAGACGGAAAAGGGAUUUUUUCGCGAGAGAGAUCCCAAAAGCGACAUUUAUUAACCCGUUCUAUGAAAGAAAGAGAAGGGACGGAUACUCCCUUUGACUCGUUGUAUUAAAUCGCUGUAAAUACAUAAAUUAUUUUCACACAUCGAUUAUUAUGUGUCUGCGCAAAUCGUCGUCGACCUCGUCGUCGUCGUCGUCGAGCGAUUAAAAAAAAAAAAAACUUACUUUUUAACGAUUUAAUUGUAUAAACUCGCGGUUGCGUUGAGAGACGUUUAAUGAUAGAAAUGAAUAAAUCGAGAGACGUCGUAAUUUAUGCUUUCUCUUGCUUCUUCUUACGCUGCAACGAUCACGAAAAUAGUUCUUGUAAUUACGUUACUGUACAUUGAAUUUUUUUUCAUUUUCUUUGAAUUCUUGCAAAGAAACGCGAGCUACUAGUAGGAAGGUGUGUGUAUGAGAGUAUGUGUGAGCGUGUCCGUGAAACUGCGGUAUGAUGGUAAAUAUUAAUAAAUAUUCGUGUAACGCCAUUAUCGGUAAAAAAAGAAAAAAUAAAAACGACAUUGUGAUCGCACGACAAAUUUGCAGAGAGUAAAAAUAUUAAUGAAAUGAUGCGCACCGUCGAGUUAUUACGAUACAAUACGCACUACAGUGCAUGUUUUGAAACGCUUUAUAGAACUUAGCUGCUCUAAAAAUGAGAGAGAGAAAGAAAAAUAAGUAUAAUGUGCGUCGAAUGGUACACGAUUGUGUAUAAUUACUCGCAAUUAAUCUUUAUUUGCGUUUAAAAUUGGUUUUUCCAUAUAUUUUUUUUCUUUUUCUUUCUUUCCUUUUUCUUUUUUCUUUCUUUCUUUUUUCUUUUUCUUGAAAAACGCGCAAUUAAACUAAUUUAUGUCUUACGAGUACGAAAAUUUUUUUUCUUUUUUGUCUCUUCUUUCUUAUCUUUUUUUCUUUUUUUCAAUUUCUUUUGGUAAAACGUGUUCUCCGAAGGAAAUAAAUUUUAUAUCGUACAUGUUUUCGUCUUUUUGUCAUUUACGUUACAUUGUAUUAGUUGAUUCGCGUUUUGUAAUUUUUAAACGGACGUACUACGGAUAUACCGAAGAAAUACGUAUGUAGAUCUUGAAUCUGUUACGUUAACGUAAUAAGACUAUACAUACAUUCUUAGGGCAGAUUCCAUCGAGAAUACGUAAAAUCAGAUUAUGCGAUACCGUGAGAUCCGUUGCUUCUCUUUCUUUUUUUUUUUUUUUUUUUUAAUUAGCGAAGUUAGACCUGUGAAGUUUAGCUUCAGUGUAGAGAGCAGCAAAUAAACGUACGUCGAUGUUAUUUGCUGCCCGUCAGGCAUGCGUUACGCGUUAUUUUGAAUGUAAUCAUACAGUAAUACGUAGCGUGCGUAAAGUACGUAGGUAACGGCGUCGAUGGAGAAUCAAUCACGCGCUCAUGUGUAUUGCUAUAUUCGAAAUAUAUAUUCGCUGCAACCCACGUUUGGCGGACAACGAAAUUUCGUGCGUCAUUUGCCGCUCUUCUGCACUGGACCUGAAAGUUUAAUAAGUUUAUCAUAACAGCCAAUGCAUUUGUUUUAAUGACAAGUUUCUUGUUUUGAAUGAAUUCGAACGAAACUUAUAUAACUUUACGUUUAAAUGUCUAUUUGUAUUAAAAAAUAUUAUAUAUAUAUAUAUAUAUGCAUAUAUAUAUAUA